GAGGUGGCGAUGACUAUGGCGGCGGAGGUGACAAUGACGACAGCGUUGAAGGGGAAAAUAUGAGGACUUGCAGUUGGUAACAGAGAGGGAGAAGGGGGUUGAGGAUUUGAUGGAGGAGAGAGAAUUGAAGGUUUGUUAAUGGUGGAAAUGUUUAGUUUUGAGGAGAGAUAAAGAUACGGGAUGAAAGUAGAGCCAUUGGGUUAACUUUUUCAUUUUGUGUUUAUUUUUUUUUUUAUUUUGAUACUCGUUUUUGUGUAAAAAAAGGGUUACUUUUGUGAAAAAAAAGUCACUUUUUGUAAUACAAAGGGUUACUUUUGUGAAAAAGGGUCAGUUUUGUAAAGAAAAGGGUCACUUUUAAAUAGAAAAAGGAUCACUUUUUGCAAAAAUGUUCGAUGUACAAUAAAAUUAUUGUAAACCGGGGCAUGCAAAAGGAGGUGUAACAAAAUUUAUUAAAUUUUUUUUUUUUAAACUUAUUUUCAUAACUAUUCCGAACUAAAAAUUUAUUCAGUUAAUUUUUUUUUUCCUUCAACUGAAAAUUAUAAAACUCUGAAAUAAAUAAAGGGGCGGUCCUUGUUUUUCAAAAUUAAAUAAAAUAAAAUAAAUAUAAGAAUAUUGGGAGGAAUGUAUUUCAGGUUAUUACAAAGUCUUCCAGAAAAUUGAAUUGCAGAAUCAUUCUUUCAUAGGGUGUUGAUGAUCUAUGGUUAUAGAUGUGAUUUGUAAGUGAUAUUUGUCGGUGUAGAAUAUGGUUAACCCAGGGGAACCUAUAAAACCGAGCUGGCAGCGGAAGCUUGACCAUGACGAAAAAGUUCCUUCAGAGUUCGGGCUAAGCGUCAGGGAGUGUGUUCAAUUGGCCCCUAUAGGUUAUAGACUUUGGCGUCAUGUUCGAGAAGAAGCUGGCAAAGGAAGGGGGGCAAUUAUUGAUCCUUUCUUCAAGCGUACUGUCACAUCUGACCAUGGAGUUCCUCUUGGAGGAAUUGGAGCUGGAAGCAUAGGAAGAAGUUACAAAGGCGAGUUUCAGCGCUGGCAAAUUUUUCCUAGAACAUGUGAAGAUAAACCUGUUUUGGCAAACCAAUUUUCUGUUUUUGUUUCUCGUCCAAAUGGUGAAAAAUACUCUUCUGUGCUAUGUCCGCCAAAUCCUGAGAUGCUCAAGGGAACCACUGCAAGCGGUAUUGGUAGUUGGGAUUGGAAUUUAAAAGGAAAUUAUUCUACUUAUUAUGCUCUGUAUCCAAGGUCUUGGACUGUAUAUGAUGGUGAACCUGACCCGACGCUUAGUAUUGUUUGUCGUCAACUUUCACCUAUAAUUCCCCACAAUUAUAAGGAGAGCAGCUUUCCUGUAGCAGUAUUUACUUUCACGCUAUCAAACUUUGGAAAUAAAGAAGCGGAAGUUAGCUUGCUUUUCACUUGGACGAAUUCCGUGGGUGGAAAUUCUGGAUCUAGCGGUAAUCACUACAAUUCAAAAAUCACGAUGAAGGAUGGCACACGUGGUGUAGUUUUACAUCAUAAAACAGCAAAUGAAAAGCCCUCCGUUUCAUUUGCCAUUGCCGCAGAGGACAAAAAUGGGUUUCAUGUCUCAGUGUGUCCUUGCUUUGUUAUUUCUGGCGAUUCAGAAGGUAUUACGGCGGAGGAUAUGUGGAAAGAGAUGAAAGAGCAUGGAUCCUUUGAUAACCUCAACUGUCCAGAGACAUCAGCUCCAUCAAAGCCAUCUUCUUGUAUUGGAGCAGCAGUUGCAGCUUCAACUAUUGUACCAUCAGGAUCUACACGUACUGUCACAUUUUCAUUAUCAUGGGAUUGCCCUGAGGUGACAUUUUCAAAAGAAAGAACGUACCACCGGCGGUAUACGAAGUUUUAUGGCACUUCUGGUAACACAGCGGCAGAUAUCGCACAUGAUGCUAUAGUUGAUAAUCAGCGUUGGGAGUCUCAAAUUGAAGCAUGGCAGAGACCUAUACUUGAAGACAAGCGAUUUCCAGAAUGGUAUCCCGUUACUCUUUUUAAUGAGCUUUAUUACCUUAAUGCUGGGGGAACUGUGUGGACAGAUGGCUCUCCUCCACUGCAGACUACAGUGACUAUAAAGGAAAAAGAAUUUCCACUUGAGAAGUCUAACUCUGAUUUUGUAAACACUACCACCAAUAUCACAACACAAAAGGAUACGGCUGUAAAUAUCCUUGAGAAAAUGACUUUGAUACUUCAGCAAAGGCAUAUAACAGCUAAUUCUAAUUCUGCUUUUGGUCCCAAUUUGAUUUUAGAAGGGGAGGAAAACAUUGGUCAAUUUCUUUACUAUGAAGGCAUUGAGUAUCACAUGUGGAACACAUAUGAUGUUCAUUUUUAUGCAUCGUUUUCUUUGGUGAUGCUAUUUCCAGAGCUUGAACUUAGCAUCCAGAGAGACUUUGCUGCAGCAGUUCUACUGCAUGAUCCUAGUAAAAUGAAACUUCUACAUGACGGGAAAUGGGCAUCAAGGAAAGUUCUUGGUGCUGUUCCACAUGAUAUUGGGCUUAAUGACCCAUGGUUUGAAGUGAAUGCUUACAACCUCCAUAACACUGACCGAUGGAAAGACUUAAACCCAAAAUUUGUUCUCCAGGUUUACAGGGAUGUUGUAGCCACAGGUGACAAGAAAUUCGCACUAGCUGUUUGGCCUUCUGUUUAUGUGGCAAUGGCCUAUAUGGAUCAAUUUGACAAGGAUGGGGAUGGUAUGAUUGAAAAUGAUGGAUUUCCUGAUCAGACGUAUGACACAUGGUCAGUCUCAGGUGUGAGUGCAUAUUGUGGAGGGCUGUGGGUUGCAGCACUUGAAGCAGCUUCAGCCCUAGCUCGUGAAGUUGGUGAUAAGGGCUCACAGGAUUAUUUUUGGUUUAAAUUUCAGAAAGCAAAGGCUGUUUAUCUGAAAUUAUGGAAUGGUUCGUAUUUCAAUUACGACAGCAGUGGUGGUGGUAAUAGCGCAUCUAUCCAAGCUGAUCAAUUGGCUGGACAAUGGUAUGCUCGAGCAUGUGGUCUAACACCAAUCGUUGACGAGGAAAAGGCAAAAUGUGCCCUUGCCAGUAUUUUUGAAUUUAAUGUGAUGAAAGUAAAGGAGGGGCGACGAGGGGCUGUCAACGGAAUGCUUCCCGAUGGAAAUGUUGACUUGUCAUCAAUGCAGUCAAGAGAGAUAUGGUCUGGUGUUACUUAUGCCCUUGCGGCCACCAUGAUUCAAGAAGGAUUACUGGAUAUGGGUCUUCAGACUGCAUAUGGUGUUUUUGAAGCCGUUUGGUCACAAAAAGGACUUGGGUACUCCUUUCAAACUCCAGAAGCUUGGAAUACCAAUGAUCAGUACAGGUCGCUCUGCUAUAUGCGCCCGUUGGCUAUAUGGGCAAUUCAAUGGGCAUUAAGCCGGCCAGAGCCCUCUGAGUCGGAAACACAACCAGAAGUGAACGAAGAAUAUUUGGCUAGAUGUCACUUAGGAUUCUCAAAAGUUGCCCGUCUUUUGAAGUUACCAGAAGAGGUAGCUUCCACAGGUCUAGUGCAGGUUCUUUAUGAUAAAACUUGCAGGAAGAUGUGGAAUUGAUUACAUAUUAUUUUCAGGGAUUCAUGUUCUUGGUUUUCCCAUUAUUAUUGUAUACUUGUAUUGCCAGAAGUUUUUCUAGACCAUAUUCGCUGCAAAAAUGAGUACAAUUUAUUCUCAUUGAAUAACUUCCGUGAUAAUAGUAGAUUACCAUGUUUGGCCAUCCUUAA